GAUAUCUAAUCUUAACCUAGGCUGUAGCUGAACGACUACCAUGGGUUCGAAGAACAAGACUUCCAAGCGCGAUAAGAAAGAGGUAAAUGACUCGAGCCAAGUUCGUGAGGAUAUCGGCAACAGGCGUGGUGAUUCCGGCAAGAAAGAUGUUGUGACCGAUCCUCGGUUCUCUCAUGUACAUUACGACCCAAGGUUUGCCAGGGCACGCAAGCAAAAGACGAAAGUAGCCAUUGAUUCUAGGUUCAAUCGUAUGUUUACUGACAAAAACUUCUCUUCAUCAUCGGCUCAAGUCGAUAAGAGAGGCAAACCUAAACCUAAGAAGAAAGAUGGUGAGAAUCCUCUCAAGCAUUAUUACAGCCUCGAAGAUGAUGAAGGUAGAAUCAAAGAAGUAAGCAAAGAGAGCAAAAGUGAGAGCGACAACGAUGAGGCCAAUGAUGAGAGCGAAAGUGAGAGUGACGACAAUGAGCUGAAGAGAUUAAAAGGGAAGGUUCAAGAAACCGGAUCCGAGGAUGAAGAGGAUGAUGAUGAAGACGAAGGUGUAGACGAAGAUGUAGAGAGUGACGACAAUGAGCUGAAGAGAUUAAAAGGGAAAGUUCAAGAAACCGGAUCCGAGGAUGAAGAGGAUGAUGAUGAAGAUGAAAGUGUAGACGAAGAUGUAGAGAGUGACAGGUCUUCUGCAGACACAACUGAUACAACGGACUCAGAUGAUGAAGAAGAGAUUUACUCAAUGGAGCAUGAUAAUGUUGAACAGGUGGAGAAUGUGCCAGAAAUCGAUAAAGAGACACACAGACUUGCUGUUGUCAAUUUGGAUUGGAAUCAUGUUAGGGCAGUUGAUAUAUUUAUGUUAUUCACCUCCUUUCUUCCUAAAGGAGGCAAGAUGUUAUCUGUGUCUAUAUAUCCUUCUGAAUUCGGGCUUAAGCGUAUGGAGGAGGAAGCAGUGCGUGGUCCAGUUGGUCUAUUCGAUGAUGAUGAUGCAAAGAAAGAUGACAUUGACGAUGACGACGACGAUGAUGAUAAUGAUGAGAUUGAUGACGACAAAUUGCGUGCAUAUGAAUUAAGCCGGCUAAGGUACUAUUAUGCUGUGGUGGAAUGCGAUUCUGUUGCUACAGCAGACUACCUCUACAAGACAUGCGACGGACUUGAGUUUGAAAGAUCAUCAAACAAGAUGGAUUUAAGGUUUAUUCCAGAUUCCAUGGAAUUUAAACAUCCUCCUCGUGAUGUUGCAACUGAGGCCCCAUCCAAGUAUGAAGGUAUGGAUUUUCAUAGUAAAGCUCUGCAGCUUAGUAAGAUAGAGCUCACAUGGGAUGAAGAUGAACCUCAGCGAUCAAAGAGUCUGAAAAGGAAAUUUAAUGCUGAUCAGUUAGCUGAUAUGGAAUUGAAAGAGUUCUUGGCUUCUGACGACAGUGAAUCCGAUUCUGACGAUGGCGACGAUGACGACAAAGAUGAUAUCGUGGAACAUAAACCUGAAAAGAAACGAAAGAAACAAGAACUGUACCGUGCCCUUUUGCAAUCUGGCGAAGGUUCUGACGAAGAUGAUGAUGAUAACAACAAGGGGGAUAUGGAAGUCACUUUCAAUACUGGCCUCGAGGAACUGAGCAAAAGACAUUUGGAGAAGAAGGACAAAGAAUCGGAAACAGUCUGGGAAGCAUAUCUCAGAAAGAAGAAAGAGAAGAAGAAGUCGAAGAAAAUUAGAUCGAAGAAUUCAUCGGAUGAUGAGAGUAGCGGUUAUGAUGAUGAGCCUAGACAAGACCAUGCUGAUGAUUUCUUUAUUGAAGAACCUACUGUAGACAAAGUUGAUAAGAAAGAAAAGAAACAAAAGGGAGCAGUUGAUGAAGCAGAAGCAGGAAGAGCUGAGCUUGAGCUAUUACUUGCUAAUGAUGAUGGUGAAAUUAAUACCGGUUUGAAGGGGUACAAUAUGAAACCUAAGAAGAAGUCCAAGGGUAAAAAGGGUAAUAAGAACAGCUUAGAAGAAAUUCAAGAAGAUGGAAAACUACCAAAUGUUGACUACGAGGAUCCUCGGUUUUCCUCACUGUUCACUUCGCCUCUGUUUGCGUUGGAUCCUACCGAUCCUCAGUUUAAGAGGAGUGCUGUCUAUGCUCGACAAUUAGCACAAAAUCAAGGAAAAUCCGGUAGGGAAGAGAAAGGGGCUAAACAAAAACAGAACAAAGAAGAAGUGCCUGAACCGAUAGCAGCAAUGCCAACAGUUGAAAACGAUAAUUUGAAGUCGGAAGAGUCAUCCAAGAAGAAAGACAAGCUUGAACUAUCUUCCUUGGUGAAGUCACUAAAGAUGAAGUCUCAGCAAUUUCAGCUACCCUCGACAAACAAGUUGUCUAGCAAUGCUAAAGCAAGAAAGAAAGGCUUCUGAAAAGUAAGAUUUCAUUCAACAACAUUUAUAAUGAUAAGUUUCAAGAAGAUUUAAAGUUUUGUUAGACAGGUUCAUAUUGUUAUACAAAAUUAUUGAAGAUUGUACAAUAGAUUUUCUGGAUUUGUUUAAAUUGUUGUUUUCCAUCUUGAAUUAUGAUUUAAGUUAUUUGGUUGACAGAAAUUUAUUAUUUCCAUGAAUUCUUAGUUGAUUUGGUUAUCUUGGUUCA